GAGAACACGAACCGGCGAACCAAUUUCCCAGCUACGAGGAAAGCUUUUGGCAAGAGAACGAAAAUGAGACGGCGACCAGGAAUUGGCGGCCUACAAACGGCAGCCACUGCUAGGGAUCAAUACCGGCUACUGGGUGAAAAUGUAGCCAAGCUAAGAACCGACCUUAUGAAAGAGCAGCUCGCCACUUUCCGUUCUCAGUUGGAAGAUUUUGCCCGCAAACACAAGAAUGACAUUCGCAAGAAUCCAACAUUUAGGGCGCAAUUCCAUGAGAUGUGUGCUAAAGUAGGAGUGGAUCCUUUGGCCUCUAAUAAGGGAUUCUGGGCAGAGCUGCUAGGAAUUGGUGACUUCUAUUAUGAACUUGGGGUACAAAUUGUUGAGAUAUGUUUAAACACGAGACCUCAUAAUGGAGGUCUGAUAAACCUGCAAGAGCUCUGCGAUCUACUUCGCCAGAGGAGGAAAGGUGAUCGCGGAGCUGUGACUGAGGAUGACUGCUUGCGUGCUAUAAGUAAACUUAAGGUAAUGGGAAGUGGUUUCGAGGUUAUAUCCGUUGGCAAGAAGAAGUUAGUUCGGUCUGUGCCAACAGAACUGAACAAAGACCAUAAUGCAAUCUUGGAGUUGGCUCAGGCUCAAGGCUUUGUAACUGUUGAUGAGGUGGAAAGGCGGCUAUCUUGGACAACCGGGAGAGCCAUAGAUGCCUUGGAUACACUAUUAGAGGAAGGGCUCGCCAUGAUAGAUGAUGGCCACCGGGAUGGCAAGCGAAGAUACUGGUUCCCCUGUGUCUCCUCCAUCUCCUCUGCAGUUGGGGACUGACAUUUUGACACUUUAUGUUUGCCUCAAACAAGAAAAAAGAAACAAUGGUCUGUUUGGCUGAUCAAUUUCACUUUUGUUUCAUCUUUCUAGUCCAUGCUUGGAUGCACAAUGUUGUACAAACAAUUUCAACAUCACGAAUAAUGCGAAUACAAGAAC